ACAGCACAGCUCAAAGAAACAACCGCAACCAUGAUGGGCAAGAUCAUCUUCUAUGAGGACAAGAACUUCCAGGGUCGUUCCUAUGAGACCAGCCAGGACUGCCCUGACAUGUCCUCCCACCUGAGCAGGUGCCACUCCUGCAGGGUUGAGAGUGGCUGCUUCAUGGUGUACGAUCGCCCCAACUUCAUGGGAAACCAGUACUUCAUGAGGAGGGGAGAGUACUCAGACUACCAGCGUAUGAUGGGAAUGAACGACUGCAUCAGGUCCAGCCGCAUGAUCCCCAUGCACCGUGGAAACUUCAGGAUGAGGAUCUACGAGAGGGAGAACUUCGGAGGUCAGAUGCACGAGAUGAUGGACGACUGUGACUCCAUCCAGGAGCGUUACCGUAUGUCUGACUGCCAGUCCUGCAACGUGAUGGACGGCCACUGGCUGAUGUAUGAGCAGCCCCACUUCAGAGGCAGGCAGAUGUACAUGAGGCCUGGAGAGUACAGGAACUUAAGGGAUAUGGGCAUGGGAAUGGGAGGCAUGAGCGGUGGCAUGAGGUUCAUGAGCAUGAGGCGUAUCAUGGAUAACAUGACUAUUAUGUCCAACACCAGCAUGAACAUGGGCAGGGCCACCUUCUACGAGGACAGGAACUUCCAGGGCCGCUCUUAUGAGUGCAGCUCCGACUGCCCUGACAUGUCUUCCUACAUGAGCAGGUGCCAAUCCUGCAGGGUUCAGAGCGGCUGCUUCAUGGGGUACGAGCGCCCCAACUACAUGGGAAACCAGUUCUUCAUGAGGAGGGGAGAGUACUCAGACUACCAGAGUAUGAUGGGAAUUACCGAUGGUAUCAGGUCCUGCCGCAUGAUCCCCAUGCACCGUGGAAACUUCAGGAUGAGGAUCUACGAGAGGGAGAACUUCGGAGGUCAGAUGCACGAGAUGAUGGACGACUGUGACUCCAUCCAGGAGCGUUACCGUAUGUCUGACUGCCAGUCCUGCAACGUGAUGGACGGCCACUGGCUGAUGUAUGAGCAGCCCCACUUCAGAGGCAGGCAGAUGUACAUGAGGCCUGGAGAGUACAGGAACUUCAGAGAUAUGGGCAUGGGAAUGGGAGGCAUGAGCGGUGGCAUGAGGUUCAUGAGCAUGAGGCGUAUCAUGGAUAACAUGACUAUGUAAUUUUCUCAAAGGUUGAACGGAAAUUGUUGAUUAAAUUUAUU